UGUCGCUCUCUGCGGGGGAGGGAGUGUGUGCGCUGGGAGUCGAGUUGUUGCUUCGGCAAAGACAAAUAGCAGGAAAAGUUAGGCAGACGGUAUCCGCCAUUUCAGACCCGUCGGCAGCUUUUGAUUUUUCCUCCUCUCUCUCUCUCUCCUCACUCACUCACUCACUCAGCGAGAGGAGGAUUGGAAGAAAAAAAAACUUGGUGGAGACGUCGUCCCAACGGCCGUGGACUUUUUUUAUUUAUUUAUCAUAUUAUUCGAUGGAGAGAAGGAGAGAAAUGUUCAAGUGAAGAGAGUUCGGGGAGGCGAAAAGGAGGAGGUGGAGGGGAGACCUCGCGAGGCGGAGCGGCGGUUGUCCACGUAUGUUGGUGUCUGGCUGGUGCCGAGGUGCUGGUCUUGUCUGCUGUGAGCCGAAGCGGGGGGAGUGCGAGGCGAGCCGGGCCGGGCCGGGCCGGGCCGGGAAGCGAAAGCCUGGCAGCGACCAUGUUGGAAGUGAUAUUUUGAGAAACUAUGGAAAUAAAUGAUCGGAGCAGAAAAGUGCAUUUCCAGUGGAAAUGGAAUUUAAGUUGAACUGACCUUGUGCAGAUGCAGUUACCAAAUAUGUGUGGGGACUAUUGAAAAAUAAGGAAUCCUUCCCAGUACCAUCUUCAAAUGUAAUGGGAUGAGUGGAACAAUAUGAUGGCAAAAAACAAAGAACUACGUCCCCCAACCUACAAUAUUAGUGUGGUGGGAUUAUCAGGGACAGAGAAGGAGAAGGGGACAAGCGGUGUUGGAAAGUCAUGUCUGUGCAAUAGAUAUGUGCAUCCAAAAGCUGAUGAUUAUUACCCAGAGCAUACCUCUGUGCUUAGUACAAUUGACUUUGGAGGACGUGUUGUCAACAAUGACCACUUUUUGUACUGGGGUGAUGUAAACCACACAAGUGAGGAAGGAUCUGAAUAUAAAGUACAACUGAUUGAACAAACUGAAUUUAUUGAUGACCAAACCUUUCUGCCUCAUCGAAGUACAAACUUACAACCUUAUAUUAAACGAGCAGCAAUGUCAAAAUUGCAGUCAGCUGAAAAGCUCAUGUACAUCUGCACUGAUCAGCUAGGCUUAGAGCAAGACUUUGAGCAGAAACAGAUGCCAGAUGGAAAGGUGACCAUUGAUGGUUUCCUCCUAUGCAUUGAUGUGAGCAAAGGUUGUAAUAGGAAGUUUGAUGAUCAGCUGAAGUUUAUAAAUAACCUUGCUGCUCAGCUAGCUAAAACUAAAAAGCCAGUUGUAAUUGCUGCAACAAAAUGCGAUGAAUGUGUGGAUCAUUACUUGCGGGAGGUACAAGCUUUUGCUACAAACAAAAAAAACAUGCCUGUUGUAGAAACUUCAGCACGUUUUCACGUGAAUGUUGACUUAUGUUUUGCUGCUUUAAUCCAGAUACUGGAUAAAGCGCGGGGCAAGACGAAGAUUAUUCCAUAUUUGGAUGCUUAUAAGCAGCAAAGGCAGCUUGUUGCUGCAUCGGCAGACAAGUUUGAAAGGCUGAUUGUUCAUACAGUAAAAGAUUAUCAUGCACAGUGGAAAACUGUUAGUAAUAAAUUGAAAAACCACAAUGAUUAUGAAGAGUACAUAACCCUGGAGGGGACAAAGAAAGCAAAAAAUACAUUUGCUAAGCAUAUAGAGCAACUUAAACAGGAACAUAUCAGAAGACGACGAGAAGAAUAUAUUGCUUUGUUACCAAAAGCCCUCAGUGAGCUUCUCUCUGACCUUGAUGAAAUUGAACACUUGAACUGGUCAGGGGCCCAGAGUAUGUUGGAACAAAGUCCAGACUUUCCUCUUUGGUUUGUUGUGCUAGAAAAAACGCCAUGGGAUGAAACCAACCACAUAGAUAAUAUAAAUGAUAAGAGACUUCCUUUUGAUCUGCUCAGCACAUCAGAGUCAGAAAAGAUUUAUCACAAUCACGUGCAGCAUUUGAUUGCUGAGAGGCGAAGGCUUGAAAUGAAGGAGAAAUUUAAGAAACAUCUUGAGAAAAUACAGUUCAUAACACCUGGUAAACCCUGGGAAGAAGUUUUGUGUUUUGCCAUGGACAAUGAAGCGUACAAGUUUAUAACUGAUUCUGAUCGGAGAGAGGUUUAUGGUAAAUAUCAAAGAGAAAUGGUUGAGAAAGCAAAAGAGGAAUUUCAAGAAAUGCUUUUUGAGCACUCUGAGCUUUUUUAUGAUUUGGAUCUAAAUGCAACACCCACAGUGGACAAGAUGAGUGAAAUCAACAAUGUUCUGAAUGAAGAACCUAGAUACGGGGCUUUAAAUAAACUUGCACCAGAUCGUGAAUCACUUUUGUUAAAACACAUUGGAUUCGUGUAUCAUCCCACAAAAGAAACUUGUCUUAGUGGCCAAAAUUGUAUGGACCUUAAAGUGGAGCAACUGCUUUCUACCAACCUCAUACAGUUUGACCACAGCCGCCCAAAUAUGUAUCAGGAUAGUGCCAAUAUCGACAAGCUGAGUCUUGUCCUCCUCGGCAGGGAUGGGCUUGCACAAGAGUUAGCCAAUGAGAUUCGAGCACAAUGUACCGAUGAUGAGUACACAUUGGAUGGCAAGAUCUAUGAACUGGAUCUUCAGCCAUUAGAUCCAAAUACUCCUGCUUUGGGUGGGCUGACUACUGCAGGUCAACCUCACGGGUGUUUCUGUGUGUAUAACUCGUCUGAGUCGCUUAAUUGUGUAUCAGAAUGCAUUGAGCGAAUAAGAAAUGAAACCAACGUGAACAGGAAGGGUAGAUUUAUAGCCAAUUUUCCAUUUACACUUAUAUUGGCAAAUCAGAGAGACAUUGGCAAAAACUUACCCAUUCUAAAGCUACAGGGACAACAGCUCGCAAAUAAGCUGCAGUGUCCUUUUGUUGACGUGCCCCCUGGAACCCAUACCCGCAAAUUUCACGAAUUCCAAAUCAAACAAGCUCUUCGAGGUCUGCUUGAAUCGUUGAAACAUAAUUUGAACAUGGUGAGCCCUGUGCCCAGUAUUAAGGAUCUCUCAGAAGCUGACUUGAGAAUUGUGAUGUGUGCCAUGUGCGGUGAUCCGUUCAAUGUUGACUUAAUCCUUUCGCCAUUCCUGGAAUCGCAUUUCUGUAGUGCUGCUCAACCUGGCCACACUAAUUCACUAUUACUUGAAAAGAUUAUCGGCGAAAAACGCAAAAGAAUCCAGAUUACAAUCCUUUCGUACCACUCUUCCAUUUGUGUGAGGAAGGAUGAGUUAGUACAUGGAUAUAUUCUGGUCUAUUCAGCAAAGAGAAAAGCAUCUAUGGCAAUGCUCCGGGCCUUCUUGGCAGAAGUUCAAGAUGUUAUUCCCGUUCAGCUGGUGGCAGUCACCGACAGUCAGGCUGACUUUUUUGAAAAUGAAGCAAUCAAGGAGCUGAUGACUGAGGGUGAGCACAUAGCAACUGAGAUAUCUGCAAAGUUCACUGCUAUAUAUUCUUUAUCACAGUAUCAUCGACAGACCGAGGUCUUCACACCAUUCUUCAGUGAAGCUUUGGAGAAGAAAAAUAGUAUUGAAAAUUCAUACAUGUGUGACAGCACCAGAGAGUUUGCAAACACCAGUGAAGACUUCUCCUUGUCUCCUCGGGCAAGUUCUCCAGCUUUCAAUUAUUAUCCGGAUUCGGAGGACGAUAGUGAAGCACCUCCACCUUACAGCCCUAUUGGUGACGAGGUCCAAUUGCUUCCAUCCUCCAGUGAUCGCUCUAAGCAUCGAUCAGAUUUUGAAGGAAAUGAAUAUCCAAUGCCUAGCAGUCCAAUUGUUAAUCAUGACAACCACAAAGUGCCUCCUCCCAUUAAACCCAAACCUAUUAUUUUGAAGCACGAUGUGAGAAAACUUGAUCCAAAUCUUGUAAAAACCAUUGAACAAGGCAUUAGUAAGAACCCAAAGAAACACAAUCGUGGACCUUUUGGCCUUUUGGAUGAUAUGGAUCCUUCUGACAAUUAUUCCAUCCCAAGAGAUGCUCUAAUAAAACCCAAAGCUGAGGACGAUGACAUAUACUCUACCCCCCAGGAUUCCAAGCAAACAAAGAUUGCAAGAAAGCCAAAUGUACCAGGAGGAAGUCAUUCUCAAGGUGAUGGAGAAAAUGGCUUGAUUGAUCGUUUAUCAAAGCAGCCAAUGAUACGGAAGCCUUCAAAGUAUAAGUACAGGUCUAAGACGCUCAUUAGUAAGGCCCGAUCCUAUUAUGGAAGGAGAGAACGGUCUGAUAUGAGUGAUGAGGAAUCGGUGGCUUCCUCAUGGAAACCAAAGAAGGGAAAACCUAACCGUGGAAGUGAGGAAGAUCCUUUACUGUCCCCUGAAAAUUGUGGGAAAGCGGGGAUUGAUAAUCCCGCUAUUGCAUCUGAUCCAGAAGUUGAAGAAUCCAAGAGAAAUCGAAAAGAUAAGAAACCAGCAAAAAGAAAGGUAAACAAAAAGGAUAAAUCAAAGGUGCAGAAGCAAAUACCACCACCUAGAAGAAAUUGGGACAGCACUUACUUUGGGGUGCCCCUUCAAGACAUAGUAACUCCUGAUAAACCUGUGCCAUUAUUUAUUGAAAAAUGUGUGGAGUAUAUAGAAUCUACAGGUUUGAACAGUGAAGGAUUAUAUCGUGUGAGUGGAAACAAGACUGAUCAAGACAACAUUCAAAGGCAAUUUGAUCAAGACCAUAACAUUGAUCUUGUUGCAAUGGAUGUAACAGUAAAUGCAGUGGCAGGAGCUCUUAAGGCUUUUUUUUCUGACCUGCCGGAUCCGCUUAUCCCUUACAAUCUACAUUCCGAGCUGGUGGAAGCAGCGAAAUAUCCCAACAGGUCAGAAAAGCUGAAUGUUCUUCAGGAUUUGGUGAAGAAGUUUCCUGUGGAAAACUAUGAUGUUUUCAAAUACAUUAUUACUCAUUUAAAUAGGGUUAGUCAGCAAAGCAAAACAAAUCGUAUGACUGCAGAUAAUCUCUCCAUUUGCUUCUGGCCUACCCUCAUGAGGCCAGACUUUGAAAACCGAGAUGCUCUUACCACCACCACAGUCAAUCAGUCUAUCAUUGAGACAUUCAUUCAGCAAUGCCAUUUCUUCUUUUACAAUGGAGAGAUUGUAGAAAUGGCUAUGCCCUCUGGGGCGCCUAGCACAGGACAAUUGGUAGAACCAUUAUUACCACUGCUACCAUUACUGCCUCCGCCGACAUCUCAACAGUUCCAACCACAGAUGCAGACAGAUAACUUGGUAUCAUAUGAACAUUGAGUAGGAACUGACCUCAUUAUAAGAAGAAUUGACCCAAGUUGCAGACAGUUGCUAAGGUAUGGAAGACCCUAUAAAGGCGAGGCAUUUGCAAACUUUAAUAGCAACGUUAAUUUCAAACAACUUAGCAUUCCUUUCCUGAUCAUUUUCCAAAGGAGACAUUUGUAAGUGUGGGUGUUAAUGGAUUUUUUUUAAAUUACUAUGUUAAAAAAAUAAAUAAAACUGGCUGCAAUAAAUACAUUCCACCUACUGCAUGAAAGCAAUCUUGACAAUUUCUGUGGUUUUUUUGUGGUUUUCUUCAGAGCCCUUUUUGACAGUUGUGAAUAACAGUUUAUCUAUAAACUAAAUUGUACAAAAUGGAGUCAACUAUAUUUCUCAACCAACGAUAAAAUGUAUAAGAACUCACAACCUGUUUGACUGGAUUUGACCUUUUAUUUUGUGCUGUUUUGGGAGUCAUUGUGUUUUGUGUCCUGACAUACGUUUGCGUGGAUGGGGAGAUGAAUAUGCUGUCAAUAUAGCAGCCUCCCAACAUUUGCACUGCUUCUGAAAAUGUGGUUUUGAAUAAAAUGCCAGGUGCACUGUCAUAGACUGUUGAUUUCUAUUGCACCUUCUCUUUACUGGUAUUAGACCUGUGGUAGUCCUGUUUAUUUUGGGGGAAGAAUCCACUAAUUUUAAUGACCAACAGCACAAUAGGGAUCAGCUCAUGAAACAAAACUGAUCUUAAAAAUUCCAAGUUUUAUCCUAUAUGUCUUAUUGCAUUUGUUUCAUUUAAUUAAAGGAUAAAAUGUAGGCAUUUUAUAGUAACGUUAAUUGUUGGAAAAAUAAUGCAUGUGUUUAAUUCCUGGUUGGUCUUGUAACUUAUCCUAAUACAUUUUUAGAUAUUGUUUCCUCUUUGGCAGAAGGGGGAGAAUGUUGGGUGUAUUGGAAAGAUGUCAUUUUUUUCUUAAAAGAUUGUAAAUCUUUCCAUGUUCGACAGCUGUACUGCUUUCACCUGUGUUUGCAAUAAAGAUGGUGUAUUAAAUGGCUAUAAGUACAACUUGUUUCUGUUAACUCAUUUUAAUGUUACACUAACAAGUAAUUUGUUUAUGACUGAAAUAUUGCUGACAUAGCAAUAAAUAUUUUGGGUAUUGACAAUUACACACUUAACAAUUUAUGUAUGAUUAUGUAAAGCUUGUAAUCAUGUUACUUCUGUGGUAUCUUGAACUAACAUUUAUUUAGGUUAUUCUUUUAGUUUUUUUUGUGCUAAUCCAUGUAUGUGGCACCAUUUUAUUUUUAAAAGUUUUCAAAUUUUUCUUUUAAUGCCGGUACCCAUUUUGCUGUAAAAUGAUGCUGCUUUCAGUAGAUUUUUUUAAGCGCUGUAGUUUGGCUGAAAAUUACUGUAAAAUAAUUUGGUGAGCUGGAUGGUAGAUGUACUCAGUGCUUGAUGGGGGAAGCUGGCUGUAUGAAUAGCAUUGAUUGUGCUUCAAUUCGUAAACUUUCUGUUAACGUUUGCAUUUAUUUCAUGAUUUUGUCAAAAUACUAUUUUUCCUUUAAGAGAAUUGUUAAUCAUUUGGUACACAUUCUGCUGCUAGUAUACGUUUUGUGUAGGUUUGGGUGGUGAUUAUGUAUGAAAACAAAUUUGUUUGCUAAAUGUUGUAAUCUGCCUCAGUGGGACUGGUGUGAAAACUCUUAAGAUUUUGACAUCAUCUGCAGUGUAUUAUAGUAAAUAAAUGAUUUUGAGAAUCAAAUCUUAAGAGUUUCAUGUACUCCAUUUUCCUUAAUAAAACUGCUUUUUUUCUAUGAA